AUGGCUGAACGAAACCCCAAUGUCCGAGCAGAGGUAGAUCUGAUGAUAUUGGACUACCUCGUCUGUUUGGCCGUGAGUAGACUUCUUGCCAUGAUUGGAACUUCCCAAAAUCUCUCUGACGUGGAAUGGCUUGUGCAAUCAGUUGAAACCUUCCGUUGGAUCAUCGAGGGCCACCAACUCGAAUAUGCCCUGCCCUCGGAUCUCAACCUCAAACUGCACAUCUUUCAUAUCGUCCUGUCGUAUUGCCACUACAAGCCCCCCCGGGAUCGCCGUCCGCUCCUCAAUUUCACGCCCCUGUCCCACAUCACAGUUGAAUUCAUGCGAGUUUGCCAUGCCUCGGUUGAACAUGUAUCCAGAAGACGCUGGUUUGAUCUCGGUGCUCAUCUUAUGGCGCAUGCGAUCCUGGAAGAAAAGGACCGCUUUCCGGAGCACCUCCGCCAGCUUUGCUCCUGGAGAACCGGCGAUGGCGAGCUAGACGUGUACUGGGAGGCCAGCCGUGGAAUGAUUCUUGAGCAUAUUCCACCCCCCUAUGGCACUGCAGCCCCAGCAACCCGGGAAGAGCUAGAUCGGCUUUUCGACGUUCAAUUACUGCACGGCCGUUUUACUCAAUUCUUCGAGGAUCUCAUGGAAGCCCUGGAUAUACCUCUCCUUGUGCAACUAGAGCAAGGCCAACUGGUCGGGCUGACCCGCGAAGAAACUCAACGGGUGAUUCAACAUUGUCGACUCUAA